GCCGGGGGCCGGGGGCGGCGGCGGUCCCUCGCAGCAGCUGGCCGGCGGGCCCCCCCAGCAGUUCGCGCUCUCCAACUCGGCGGCCAUCCGGGCCGAGAUCCAGCGCUUCGAGUCCGUGCAUCCCAAUAUCUACGCCAUCUACGACCUGAUCGAGCGCAUCGAGGACCUGGCGCUGCAGAAUCAGAUCCGGGAGCACGUCAUCUCCAUCGAGGACUCCUUUGUGAACAGCCAGGAGUGGACCCUGAGCCGCUCGGUGCCGGAGCUUAAAGUGGGCAUUGUAGGGAACCUGUCUAGUGGGAAGUCGGCCCUGGUGCACCGCUAUCUGACGGGGACCUAUGUCCAGGAGGAGUCCCCUGAAGGGGGUCGGUUUAAGAAGGAGAUUGUGGUGGAUGGCCAGAGUUACCUGCUGCUGAUCCGAGAUGAAGGAGGCCCCCCUGAGCUCCAGUUUGCCGCCUGGGUGGACGCAGUGGUGUUUGUGUUCAGCCUGGAGGAUGAGAUCAGCUUCCAGACAGUGUACAACUACUUCCUGCGCCUCUGCAGCUUCCGCAACACCAGCGAGGUGCCCAUGGUGCUGGUGGGCACACAGGACGCCAUCAGUGCCGCGAACCCGCGGGUCAUCGACGACAGCAGGGCCCGCAAGCUGUCCACAGACUUGAAGCGGUGCACCUACUACGAGACGUGUGCCACCUAUGGGCUCAACGUGGAGCGCGUCUUCCAGGACGUGGCCCAGAAGGUAGUGGCCUUGCGGAAGAAGCAGCAGCUGGCCAUCGGGCCCUGCAAGUCACUGCCCAACUCCCCCAGCCACUCGGCCGUGUCCGCUGCCUCCAUCCCAGCCGUACACGUCAACCAGGCCACGAAUGGCGGCAGCAGCGCCUUCAGCGACUACUCGGCCUCAGUCCCCUCCACGCCCAGCAUCAGCCAGCGGGAGCUGCGCGUGGAGACCAUCGCUGCCUCCUCCACCCCCACACCCAUCCGCAAGCAGUCCAAGCGGCGCUCCAACAUCUUCACGUCUCGAAAGGGUGCCGACUUGGACCGGGAGAAGAAGGCCGCCGAGUGCAAGGUGGACAGCAUCGGGAGCGGCCGGGCCAUCCCCAUCAAACAGGGCAUCCUGCUCAAGCGGAGCGGCAAGUCCCUGAACAAGGAGUGGAAGAAGAAGUAUGUGACCCUGUGUGACAACGGGCUGCUCACCUACCACCCCAGCCUGCACGACUACAUGCAGAACAUCCACGGCAAGGAGAUCGACCUGUUGCGGACCACCGUCAAGGUGCCUGGGAAGCGCCUACCGCGAGCCACGCCGGCCACAGCCCCUGGCACCAGCCCCCGGGCCAACGGGCUGGCCUUGGAGCGGAGUAGCACACAGCUGGGCGGGGGCACAGAGGCCGAGGAGUCGUUCGAGUUUGUGGUGGUGUCCCUCACCGGGCAGACGUGGCACUUUGAGGCCUCGACGGCCGAGGAGCGGGAACUCUGGGUGCAGAGUGUGCAGGCUCAGAUCCUCGCCAGCCUGCAGGGCUGCCGCAGCGCCAAGGACAAGACUCGGCUGGGGAGCCAGAAUGCAGCUCUGGCCGUGCAGGCUGUCCGCACCGUCCGGGGCAACAGCUUCUGUAUUGACUGCGACGCCCCCAAUCCGGACUGGGCCAGCCUGAACCUGGGUGCGCUCAUGUGCAUCGAGUGCUCCGGGACGCACCGGCAUCUGGGGGCUCACCUGUCCCGGGUCCGCUCACUCGACCUCGACGACUGGCCACCCGAGCUGCUGGCCGUCAUGACCGCCAUGGGCAACGCCCUGGCCAACAGCGUCUGGGAGGGGGCCCUGGACGGCUAUGCUAAGCCGGGGCCUGACGCCUGCAGAGAGGAGAAGGAGCGCUGGAUCCGGGCCAAGUACGAGCAGAAGCUCUUCCUGGCCCCGCUGCCCAGCUCGGACGUACCGCUGGGCCAGCAGCUGCUCCGGGCGGUGGUGGAAGACGACCUGCGGCUGCUGGUGACACUCCUGGCACACGGGUCCAAGGAGGAGGUGAACGAGACCUACGGCGACGGGGAUGGGCGGACGGCCCUGCACCUGUCCAGCGCCAUGGCCAACGUGGUCUUCACGCAGCUGCUCAUCUGGUACGGGGUGGACGUGCGGAGCCGGGACGCCCGCGGCCUGACCCCGCUGGCCUAUGCCCGCCGCGCCGGCAGCCAGGAGUGUGCCGACAUCCUCAUCCAGCACGGCUGCCCUGGGGAGGGCUGUGGCGUGGCCCCCGCCCCCGGCAGAGAGCCGACCAACAGCACCAGCGCCUCGGCCGAGCUGCACCGCAGCCCCAGCCUCCUGUGAGCCCCGGGAAGAGGCCGGAGGGGCCAGGACUGACGCCGGGGCGCAGGCACCCACCUCCCUCCAGGCCCUGGGGGAGACGAGAGACACAGAGGCUGAGACCCAGGGACCUGAGAAGAGUCUGGGAGGAGAGCCGGAGGGGAGGGUCAGAGGAGACGCCUGGGACUCCAGCCGCCACAGGUGUUUGGCCCCUGCCUGGCCUGCGCCGCUGCGGAGGGACAAGAUGCUUUGGGGGUGCUGUGAGAGGAGGGGAGCAGGACCUCGCCCUCCUCCAGGUUCCUGCCUUCCCAUACCAGCCCCCUGUAGGCCCCCCCACCCCGAGCCGGGAGCCUGGGCGGGGCAGAGGUCCCAUGUAAAUGUGUACAUUGCAGUAUUUAUGUUUGUGUACAUACUUGGCGUGUGUGUGGUGAGCCAAUAAACCAGACCGUGUGUGUGUGGCCUGCCUCUCACCUUUCAUCCCCCCGCCCUCCCAAGAAAACA